AUGCUCGGAGAAGUGACCCAACAUGCACAGGUCUGUGGCUUUGGGACCUGCAUCUUCCUGCAGCUCUCCAAUUCGCUAGUGCACAUUGUCACUGAUGGGCUCAUCACCUGUUGGGGUUCCCUUUACCUUGAUGGACACGGAGAAGAGGAGUACAACUUGUCACGGCCACUGUACAUCUCAGAAGUACGACUCCAGCAACUGACACAGUUGGUGCGAGAGGCUUCCUUCGAUUUCGAGUCGCGUUUGAAGUGGAAGAAGGUGAUUUUCGUGCCUUGGCUCAGGGGAGUCGGAGCGAGCUUGUGUAUGCUGUGUCCUGGUGUACGAACUUCCUUGACCAAUCGAUGCUGCUGCAAAGGUGUAAGCAGCCCGACUGAUGCUGUCGAACACCCGCUUGUACAAAAGUUAAUGAUCAGCUUUGAUCCCAAGGUGUGUCGAUAA